AUGACAAUGUUUACAGAGUGGAUGAAUUGUAAUAAAGUCGAUGAAUUUGCUAGGACAUUGAGGUAUGUUCAGUUUCCGGGAUAUUAUGUAUGGAAUGCUAAAAAUCGCAAAUGGAAUCGAAGAAAGCAUCCGUAUGGAUCAAUUGGGAGGAUACAUUAUGUCCCACAAUUACUUGGUGAUUGUUAUUACCUAAGGAUUUUACUGAAUCAUAUUAAGGGACCAACCUGUUUUGAAGAUAUAAAAACAGUUGAUUGGCAGAUUUUUCAAACAUUUAAAGAUGCAUGUUUUGCACGGGGGCUGUUGGAUGAUGAUAAAGAAUAUGUUAAUGCUGUCAAAGAAGCUAGCACAUGGUCAACCGGAGAUUUCUUGAGGACCUUUUUUGUAAUGUUGUUGCUGUCAAAUUCGAUAUCUCGUCCUGAUUUGGAUCUUCAACAAGAAGAACUUGAAAAUAUCUGUCUAUCUGAAAUUGAAAAGUUGCUACUUACCAAUGGAAGUACAGUGAGAAAUUUUGAUGAUAUGCCAAGUGUUCCGGACAAUUAUGUUUCAUCGUCGAACAAUCGAUUGAUAAUGAUAGAAUUAUCGUAUGACAAACUAGCUCUUCAAAGGGAACAUGAUGGUUAUGUAAAGUGUUUAACUGCCGAACAGGAAAGGAUAUAUAAAAUUGUUAUGGAAGCGAUUGAAAAAGGUGAUGGAGGUGUGUCUUUUGUAUAUGGUUAUGGCGGAACUGGAAAGACUUUUCUUUGGAAGACAUUCUCAGCUGCAUUACGAUCAAAAGGUGAAGUUGUAUUGAAUGUUGCAUCCAGUGGAAUUGCUUCACUUUUGCUGGAUGGUGGUAGAACUGCUCAUUCAACGUUUGUAAUUCAAUCAACAUUAAUGAGAAUUCAAUAUGUUCGAUAG